AUGACAAUGUUAAAGCCAAUAUCAUUUCUCAUUCUCAUUGUGUGCACUAAUUUUGUUGUAAUUGAGUGCAGAACUAUCCAACCAAAUGAUGAAAAUUUGAUACAACAAAUAUGCAAAAAGACUCCAAAUUAUGCACUUUGCAUUCAGUACCUUCAUUCUGACCCUAAAGCUCCUUCAGCAGAUGUUAGAGGUUUAGCACUAAUCAUGGUUAAUGUAAUGAAGAACAAAGCAAACAUUGCUAUAAACAAAAUCCAUCAACUUAUUGGAAAGAGUCCUCCUGAUCAAAAGGAGGCACUCGAUAAUUGCGCAGAUAAUUACAAUGCAAUUGUGGUAGCAGAUAUUCCAGAAGCCACUGAAGCUUUGCUAAAAGGAAACCCAAAAUUUGCAGAAGAUGGUGCAAAUGAUGCUGUUGUUGAGGCUAGAGGUUGUGAGAAUGGUUUCAAAGGGAAAUCACCACUCACUGCUGAAAACAAUGCUAUGCGUGAUGCAUCUGCCAUAACAGCAGCUAUUGUUAGAAAUUUGUUAUAA